UAUGCAAAUACGCUUGCCACCGAAAGUGCUGCCAGAGGACCACAACAAAAUGCUCCAAAAAGUAUGACCCAGAGCUUUCUUCACGGCAAUUUGGAGUCGAACUCUCUCGCCUGACCAGCGAAGAACGAAUUGUGCCGAUCGUGUUUGAGAAGCUCACCAGCUACAUAGAAAUGCAUGCUUUGUAUACAGAGGGCAUUUACCGGAAAUCUGGAUCAACAAAUAAGAUCAAAGAAUUACGGCAGGGCCUUGACACAGAUAUCGAAAGAGUGAACCUCGAUGACUACAACAUCCAUGUCAUUGCCAGUGUGUUCAAGCAAUGGCUGAGGGAUUUGCCUAAUCCUCUCAUGACAUUUGAACUCUAUGAAGAAUUCUUGCGAGCCAUGGGUCUGCAGGAGAGGAAAGAGGCGAUCCGCGGGGUCUACUCAGUCAUUGAUCAGCUUUCCCGAACCCAUCUUAAUACCUUGGAACGUCUGAUCUUUCACCUUGUCAGGAUAGCUCUACAAGAAGACACUAAUCGGAUGUCAGCUAAUGCUCUGGCCAUUGUGUUUGCUCCCUGUAUCCUCCGUUGUCCGGACACCACUGACCCUCUGCAGAGCGCUCAGGAUGUCAGUAAAACCAUCAGUUGCGUAGAGUUGGUUGUUAUAGAACAGAUGAACAAAUACCGGGCCCGUCUCAAGGAUAUCAGCAGCCUUGAGUUUGCAGAGAACAAAGCAAAGAGCCGGCUAUCCUUGAUCCGCAGGUCCAUGGGCAAAGGGCGUCUACGCCGAGGCAACUAUCCAAGCCCUACAUCACCAGCAGGAGUCCGGUUGCCCUCUAUGGCGGAUGCUCCCGAAGAGGCCCUGAGCAGCGAGGAGGCCAUGGAGAUAGAGGUCACCGAACAGCAGCAAGUAGCCAUGCAACAGGAAGAGAAGGUGCUGGCAGAGCAAAUAGAGAGCUUGCAGAAAGAGAAGGAAGAACUAACUUUUGAGAUGCUGGCACUGGAGCCUAGAGCCUCUGAUGACGAAACGUUGGAGUCUGAAGCUUCAAUCGGCACUGCCGACAGUUCUGAAAACCUGAAUUUUGAUUCCGAAGGAGCCAUUUCGGACAAGUCAGGCAGAAGUGUAACCUUCAACUCGGCAAGAUCCAUCAAGGCAGACCCGACCGGCACCUCUAGGUCUCGAAGGCAACUGCGCAAGCAGCAGGAGUCUUUGGACUCCGUGGAUUCCUCGCUUCCUUCUCCGUCCCUGUCGCCUUCUCCCUCCUCCUCCUCCUCCUCCUGCCUGCCUCACGUGACGAGGAAACGAUUCCAAAUCUAUUCCAAAUCGCCUUUUUAUCGAGCAGCUCCCUCUGGGGAC